AGAGUCUCUCGCUUAUUGUGUGAGAGCGAGUCGGUUCGUUUAUAUUUUCUCAACUUAGUUGUAUCAACUUGUGGUUCAGGGACUUAUAGAUCCUGUCUUAAACCCGACAAGGAGGUCGACAACGAUACCACUUGGUCAGUUGUAUUGCAGAAUCUCUAACACUGAACCGGGUUUCUGGUGUUAUUCCUUUGUAAAUACUGUUAUUUGUAUAUACUGUAAAUGAUGACGUCCAUGGGCGGAAACCGAGCCCGGGGCAGCUGGGAGCAGACACAGGGCCAGACACAGAGCCAGACACAGCACAAGCAGAGGCCUCAGGCUACCGCAGAGCAGAUCCGACUUGCACAGAUGAUUUCGGACCACAAUGAUGCUGACUUUGAAGAGAAGGUCAAACAGCUGAUCGACAUCACAGGCAAGGACCAGGACGAGUCUAUGAUCGCGCUGCAUGACUGCAACGGGGAUGUCAACAGAGCCAUCAACGUGCUGCUGGAGGGCAGCCCAGAUACUGACUCUUGGGAAAUGGUGGGGAAGAAGAAAGGAGUGUCAGGCCAGAAGGAGGCUGGCCAGGCAGAGACUGGAGAGGAAGGAAAGGAGAACAGGGAGAAAGGAGGGGAGAGGGAUGUGGCACGUCGUCGAGGUGGAGCCCCACGUCGGGGCCGUGGAGCCAGCAGGGGACGAGAGUUCCGUGGUCAGGAGAAUGGCUUGGAUGGUGGCAAGGCUGGUGUGGCCGGAAGAGGCACAGAGCGAGGCCGGAGGGGAAGAGGCAGAGGAAGAGGGACCGUUGGAGUAUCUGGACGGCGGGGAGGCAGGUUUUCGGCGCAGGGCAUGGGCCAGAUUGAUAAGGGGCCCAGAUAUGAUUGUUCAGGAGAUGAGAGAACGUUUAACCCUGCUGACUACGCUGAGCCAGCCCAGACAGAAGAAAACUAUGGAGGAGGCAGCACCUGGAACAACACAGGAAACAUGGAGCCAGAAGAAGGGGCCAGGUUGGAAUAUUCUGCAGGAGAGGGAACAAAUUACCAGCCCAAGUUUGACUCCACUCCUGGUGCCUGGAGGACUGCUACUGAGGAGUGGGGCACUGAGGACUGGAACGAGGAUCUUUCAGAGACCAAGAUAUUCACAGCUUCCAGUGUGGCUUCCAUGCCUCUGCCUCAAGAGAAUGUUACUAUCACUAAAGGACAGAGGAUUGACCUUGCGGUGCUGCUGGGGAAGACUCCACCGUCCUCCUCCUCAGAGACAGAGAACCCCCCUAUGGAGGCCAACCAGCCCCCCUCCCUAUCCCAGUCACUGGUCUUCAGCAACUCCAAGCAAGGGGUGCCAUUGUCCCAAACAUCCUCCAGCACCCCGUACACCCAGCACAGCAUGGUCAGCAUGCUGGGCAAGGGCUUUGGAGAUGUGGGAGACCCUAAAGGAGGUAGCACAGGGACCACCACUGGUUCCCAGUUCCUGGAGCAGUAUAAAACUGCCCAGGCACUGGCCCAGCUGGCUGCCCAGCACUCACAGACAGGACCUCCCAACACGACCCCUUCCUCCUGGGAUACCAGUGCCACCACACUGGGGCAAUAUGAUAUGAAGAGUCAGCCGGAGUCUGCGGUGCAUACACCCUUCACCAAGCGUCAACCGUACCAGGCUGCCACCUCAACCUCGUCCAUGCUGGAUGCAUUCCUGCAGGACAAAGGCUUGCCCCCUUCCUCCUCCGUCUCCUCCUCUCCUUCCUUGCCCCAACAGACAACACCCUCACCCCAUGUUGCACCUCCCUCUGCCUCCUCCCUCCCCAAAAUGGCUCCAGUCCCUUCCCUUGGUCAGCAAGUUUCUCCAGGAUCCUCAGACGCCCAGGGCUCCAGUCCGCUGCCACUGCAGCAGCAUAAACUCAAACAGCAGAAGAAGAGGACCUCCAUUACCACCAAGAUUCCGGCAAUGGCAGUGGAGAUGCCCGGCUCAGCAGACAUCUCCGGCCUCAAUCUGCAGUUUGGAGCGCUGCAGUUUGGGUCAGAACCAGUACUGCCAGAAUACGACUCCACCCCCACCACCACCACACCGGCCAGCCAGGUUCAGAACAGCCUCUACACCAGCCCCAGCAGUGAGUCGACUCCAGCCCUUCCCAACCCCAGUCAGAUGGAUCUGUAUGAGCAGAGAGCAUCUCAGACAAGGCGUUACCCUCCCUCUGUCUCUUCCUCCCCUCAGAAGGAUAUGCAGCCCAAGAAUGGCUUCAGUUCAAUACAGACAACGCAAUCUGUGGAAGCUGCAGCAGGCUCUGCAGUGUCAGUGAAGCCGGCCUCUGAUUCGGUCACGCCGGCAUCAGUCUCUAACAUGGGCACUUUGUCGGAUAGCGGCUCAGGUCCCACCUCCUUGUUGACGACAUCCAAUCAGACCUCCCUUAAUGCACUGGGGCACAGUGAAGACCUGCCCCCAAGCACCAUCCCCCCGCCUCAGCACAACAACUCUCUCCCAUCACAACAGAACAGUCUUGCUCCAUCUUCAGUCCGAACAUCCAAUUCAAGCUUACUGCAGCACCCCAGCGUAGACGGUGACUCAAGCCUGCACUCCUCUUCCUUCCCUUCCUCCGUCUCGGCUGUGGCCUCUUCGUCAGUCCCCUCCUCUUCUUCCUCAGUGGCCGCUGCAUCACAGGUGUCCUUAGGGGCCCCUCAGGCCUCCUCAGUGGGCCCUUCCACUGUGUCAGCGCCCUCCGGCCUCGGCCCUGUCAGCAGUCUGACCAUGGGACUCAACUCUGCCUCCAUGGGCUCUCCGGCCGCCGCAGCCGCUACCGCCUCAGUUUCCACGGCAGUUUCGGCCAUCCCCUCUUCAGCUACUUCCUCAUCUUCACGCAGCUCUGCAGCAUCCUCAGGGAAAGCACCUCCAAACCUUCCCCCUGGAGUGCCCCCUCUGCUGCCCAACCCAUACAUCAUGGCCCCUGGACUACUGCACGCCUACCCUCCUCAGAUGUACGGCUAUGAUGACCUACAGAUGCUGCAGACCAGAAUACCGCUGGAUUAUUACAGCAUCCCUUUUGCGACACCCACAACGGCACUGACUGGCAGAGACGGCAGCCUGACAAGCAACCCUUAUUCUGGUGACCUAUCAAAGUUUGGUCGAGGUGAUGCAUCAUCCCCGGCUCCAGCCACCACAUUAGCCCAGACGCAGCAGAACCAGACCCAGACACAUCACACCACACAGCAGCCCUUCCUUAACCCUGCGCUGCCACCUGGCUACAGCUAUACGAGCCUCCCUUACUACACUGGCAUGCCAGGCCUGCCCAAUACCUUCCAGUACGGACCUGCUGUGUUCCCGGUGGCUCCUACCUCGUCAAAGCAGCAUGGUGUGAAUGUUGGCGUCAACGCCUCAGCCACACCCUUCCAGCAGGCCAGUGGCUAUGGUUCCCAUGGAUACAGCACUGGCUAUGAGGAUGUGGGCCAGGCUUCAGGGAGUGGGGAUUUCUGUAAGGGCGGAUACGGCACUGCCGUGGCCGCCGCUGCUUCUGCACAAAACAAGCCAGCCAGCUCUGUCACCGGGCCUGGAGUCGGAGUCUCUGUGACAUCGAGCAACACAGGGGUACCUGAUAUUUCAGGGUCUGUUUACACAAAGACGCAGUCGUUUGAGAAGCAGGGUUUCCAUGCUGGCACGCCGACAGCUUCGUUCAGCCUGCCCUCGGCCCUGGGAAGCGGGGGGCCCAUCAACCCCCCUGCUGCCGCUGGCUACGCCCCGGCCCCCUUCAUGCACAUCCUGGCACCACACCAACAGCCCCACUCUCAAAUCCUGCACCACCACCUGCAGCAGGACGGACAGAGUGGCACCGGACAGCGCAGCCAGAACGCCUCCAUUCAGCAGAAGUCUCAGAUCAACAAGUCGGCAUACAACAGCUACAACUGGGGGGCAAACUAACAUCCACCGCUGGGGCCCCCCGGCGUCCCAAAGGGUCGUCAGCACCCGGGAGGGGGGGGGGUCAUCGCUCCUCCACAAAUGGUCUCCAUAUAACCUGCCCCUUUCUCCUGCAGAGGCUCCCUCCCCACUCUCUCGGCCCAGCACUCGAGCGGCUCUGCGCUGCUCAGAGGAGGUGCUGCGCUGAGAGAACAGGCACUGUCAUGUGGCUCGGACGGGUGGGAGGGACAGGAGCAGCUUAAAACAGAGGGGAGAUUGGCGCUAAAUGGUUCUAGUAACACACCGCUAAGAGGUGAAAUAUUGCGUGUUGGGAAUUUGUAUUGUGUUCAUCCCCACCCCACCCCUUUUCUUUCAGUUGUAUGUAACAUAGAACUGUUUUCUAAAAGAAUGAAUGUUUCCUGUUUGGUCUCUUUUUCUUUUUUUUUUUUCCUUUUUUUUUCACUGAUGGGGAGGAAUGAAGUAAUAUCUGAAGGUGGGGGGACACGCUGGUUUUGUAUUUCUCACCCUCGACUCCCCACUUCUUAAUGGAGAAAAAAAAAAUCUGUCCCUCUCCCCACAUAAUAUCCAAACAGAUUAAUUUGUGUAAUUGUCGUUUAAUUUGUUUUCCAUUUUUAUGUCAUUUUAAGUUUUGAGAAAUGAUUCUCUAAAUUGGCAGAGUUGUGAAGUUUAUUUUUUACCAAAUAUAGAUAUAUUAUAUAUAAAGACAUAUAAGCGAGCGCACUGGCUUGGAAUGUGAGGAAAGUGUGUUUGUUUUCAUGUGACUGCGUGCAUGUUUGUACACACGGAGGCUGUGGGUGUGUACUGUACUUUCUGUUUCUGCCUAGCACAGGAUUUUUUUCAUAAUGUAUAGUUAUUUUCCAUUAUCAAACUCUUGUACAGUCACUGUUCCCAUGGAUUAUAAAUAUGUUACAUAAAAUCCCAUCAAUUCUGCAAGACAUGUUGAGAAUGAAUGCCAAGGCCAAUACACACCCAAUUUGCCUUCCAAUAUGUGUGUUUUUCUUUUUCUUUUUUUCUAUAGCCCCCACAUCCUCCCCUCUUCCACCUCCUGUCCCCUGACAUAUUGUAAGGAAACCUGCAGCAUUGAAUACUGAUGGACAGAAUUGAAAUAUGUUUUUUUUUUUUUUUUUUUUUUUUUGGUUUUUUGUUUUUGUCAGUGAUUUAUUUUUCUUUUUGUACUGUGCAUUUUAAAAAAAAAUUUAAAUGGAUAAACUUGUCUUGUACAUAUAUAAAAAAAAAAAACACAAGUACUGUAGUCCUUGUUUGUUCGAUGGCUUUCUCCCUUCCCUUAUCAGAUCCUCGCAGACUUGUUAGCUUUUUUGUUUCAUAUGUUUUUUAUUUUGUAAAAAUAUAUAAAUAUUAAGUAAAUAAACAGGAAAAAGACAUUUU